AUGAGACUGUUUUUGCUAGUCCUGCUGGCUACUUUGGCGGUGGCUACCCAGGCUUUGGUCAAGGAGGAGAUCCAGGCAAAGGAGUAUCUGGAGAAUCUGAACAAGGAGCUGGCCAAGCGCACCAAUGUCGAAACAGAGGCGGCCUGGGCUUAUGCCUCCGACAUUACCGAUGCGAAUGAGAAGAAAAAGAACGAGAUCUCCGCCGAGUUGGGCAAGUUCAUGAAGGAGGUGGCCAGUGACAUAGCCAAGUUCCAGUGGCGCUCCUUCCAAUCGGAGGAACUGAAGCGUCAGUUCAAGGCUUUGACCAAAUUGGGUUAUGCUGCGCUUCCCGAAGCCGAUUAUGCUGAACUAUUGGAGACCCUCUCCUCCAUGGAGUCGAAUUUCGCCAAGGUGAAGGUCUGCGACUACAAGGACAAGACCAAGUGCGAUUUGUCCCUCGAACCGGAGAUCGAGGAGGUCAUCAGCAAAAGCCGCGACCACGAGGAGCUGGCCUACUACUGGCGCGAGUUCUACGACAAGGCCGGAACCGCCGUGCGAUCCCAAUUCGAGCGCUACGUGGAGCUCAACACCAAGGCGGCCAAACUGAAUAACUUCACCUCUGGCGCCGAGGUUUGGUUGGAUGAGUACGAGGACUCGACUUUCGAGCAGCAACUGGAGGACAUUUUCGCCGACAUUCGUCCGCUCUACCAGCAGAUCCAUGGCUACGUACGCUACCGCCUGCGCAAACAUUACGGUGAAUCGGUGGUUUCCGAGACAGGACCCAUUCCCAUGCACCUUUUGGGCAACAUGUGGGCUCAGCAGUGGUCGGAAAUUGCGGAUAUUGUAUCGCCUUUCCCCGAGAAACCCCUGGUCGAUGUCAGCGAAGAGAUGGAGAAGCAGGGUUACACACCGCUGAAAAUGUUCCAAAUGGGCGACGACUUCUUUACCUCCAUGAACCUCACCAAGUUGCCGCAGGACUUCUGGGACAAGUCGAUCAUUGAGAAGCCCACCGAUGGCCGCGAUCUCAUUUGCCAUGCCAGUGCCUGGGACUUUUACCUCACUGACGAUGUGCGCAUCAAGCAGUGCACUAGGGUUACGCAGGAUCAGCUCUUCACCGUCCACCACGAACUGGGACACAUUCAGUAUUUCCUUCAGUAUCAACAUCAGCCUUUCGUCUAUCGCACUGGCGCCAAUCCUGGAUUCCAUGAGGCCGUCGGCGAUGUCCUUUCCCUUUCCGUUUCCACCUCGAAGCAUCUGGAGAAGAUCGGCCUGCUGAAGGACUAUGUGCGCGACGAUGAGGCCCGCAUCAACCAGCUCUUCCUCACUGCCUUGGACAAGAUCGUCUUCCUGCCCUUCGCCUUCACCAUGGACAAGUAUCGCUGGUCGCUGUUCCGCGGCGAGGUGGAGAAGGAGAACUGGAACUGCGCCUUCUGGAAGCUGAGGGACGAGUACUCCGGCAUUGAGCCACCAGUGGUGAGAAGCGAGAAGGAUUUCGAUGCCCCUGCUAAGUAUCACGUAUCCGCGGAUGUCGAGUAUCUAAGGUACCUGGUCUCCUUCAUCAUUCAGUUCCAGUUCUACAAGUCCGCUUGCAUCAAGGCCGGUCAAUAUGAUGCCAACAAUGCUGAGCUCCCUCUGGAUAAUUGCGAUAUCUACGGCAGUGCUGCGGCUGGAGCUGCUUUCCAAAACAUGCUGUCUAUGGGCGCCUCGAAGCCCUGGCCCGAUGCACUGGAAGCCUUCAACGGAGAGCGCAUCAUGUCCGGAAAGGCCAUCGCCGAAUACUUUGAGCCUCUGCGCGUUUGGCUUGAGGCCGAGAACAUCAAGAACAAUGUCCACAUUGGCUGGACCACUUCAGAUAAAUGCGUGUCUUCUUAAUUGAACUGAUUUAUGUGUUCUCACACAGUAUUUGUGCUCAAUAAAGUUUCACAGUGCCUUACUGGUUUUAAUAUCUAAAAA